AUGUUUCUGUCUUUACCUUUGUUGUUUAUAGCGCUUAACUACUUGCUCCAAGCGGUCUCCGCUGGGCAGUGUCGGCCACGUUAUGUUCAUGUCCGGCAUUUCGAACUCGAGCUCACCUGGGGAAAUGCAUCUCCUGAUGGAGUGGAACGAGAAGUGAUUCUCGUCAAUAACCAAUUCCCCGGGCCUCAACUCAAUAUCGCCGAGGGAGAUGAGGUUGAAAUCGUCGUUAAAAACAGUCUUCCUUUUGAAACAUCCAUCCAUUUCCACGGCAUAUCCCAGCAUGGAACCCCGUGGUCAGACGGAGUGCCCGAUGUUUCCCAGAGGGCUAUUCAACCAGGAAAAACUUUCAUCUACCGUUGGAACGCAGUCGAUUAUGGCACUUACUGGUACCACGGCCAUGCCAACGGCCAGUUGUCGGAUGGUCUAUUUGGCGCGAUUGUGAUUAGUCCAAAAGAUGACCGACCUGCACCCUUCCACAAAAUUUCCGAUUCGGAAGAAGAAGUUGAGAGGAUGAGGAAAGCUAUGUUGAACCCAAAGACGAUAUUUGUGUCCGAUUGGCAUCAUAUGACGUCUAAGGAAUAUCUCCAGGUCUCUCUGGAUUCAGGGAUCGACAACUUCUGCACUGAUAGCGUUUUGAUCAAUGGGAAGGGAUCGGUUAUAUGCAAGACACAAGACGAAUUGAAUAAGCUGACCAGACCGGAUCAAAGAAAUCUUCUGAAAGACGAGAAUCUAACGGACAAAGGUUGUCUUCCUUUUUAUAUCCCUGCCGUCGUGGGUGAUUUCCCUAUUGAUCGCAGUAAAGUCCCCAAAGAUCUCUACUAUAAUUGCAAGCCGCAUGAAGGACCACGUGAAAUCAUUACCGUCGAUCCAGAUGACGAGUGGAUAAGCCUCAAUUUUAUAAGCUCAUCAACAAUUGCCCGGUUCAUGGUAAGCGUCGAUGAGCAUAAAAUGUGGAUAUACGCUUAUGACGGAUUUUACAUCGAUCCCAUUCUUGUUGAUGGCGCCCCUGUCCCCAAUGGUAGUAGAGUUUCAGCGCUGGUGAAGCUCAACAAACCGCGUAAAGACUACACGAUACGCGUUGCCAAUGUCGAAAGUAACCAGCUCUUUAGCGGAUUUGCAACCCUUCGAUAUGCAGGCCAACAGGAGGGCGCUCCCAGCGAGCCAAGUAAACCCACCAUCGGCUACAAUGGGGUUAACCUGACAACAGAUUUCGUGGCUUUCGACGAAACCAAAUUCACUCCGUUUCCCCCAUCCAAACCUGCUGCAAAGGCUGACACAACUUACAAAUUCAAUAUCGGAUUUGCCGGCGCGGCCUUUCGAUGGUCUAUCAGCGGGAAAGCUUCCCUGAACACCUCUAGAGACAUCGAACCAGUUCUCUUCGAUUCUCACGGGCCAUUGGCAACGAAUAAAGGUCUGACAUUCCCAACCAAGAAUGGUACGUGGGUGGAUCUAGUUCUAGUGACCGGCGGAAAUUUCAAUCCUCCGCACCCCAUACACAAGCAUUCGCACAAAAUGUACGUGAUCGGUAGGGGGCAAGGACCCUUCCAUUGGGAAACUGUUGACGAUGCCAUCAAAGAGGUUCCUCAGUUCUUCAACUUGGAAACGCCACCAUUGGCCGAUGGCUUUACAUCACCCCCUGGAUCAGCUCAAGAUCCGUCCUGGGUGGUUGUUCGGUAUCAAGUGACGAACCCAGGAGCUUUCCUUCUACACUGCCAUAUCCAGACGCAUUUGUCAGGAGGGAUGGGGGUUAUUCUUCUGGAUGGAUACGAUAAGCUACCCGAGGUGCCGGUCGAGUAUUUAACUGCAGAGUUUUAACCGGAAGGACUCCUUAGGGGACGAAGCGCUUGAUGGACAUCGAGUUUUUUGCUUUGCAUACAAGCAACUUCAUUUCAUUUGUAUAUAUAAUAACUAUGCACCAUUUUGUUGUAUCUAAUACCACGCAUGACACUUCGCAGCUU